CUACCACAGAGUCUAUGGGAGUGGCGCCCCCCUCCCACCCCGCGAGCGCUGACCCGGGAAGCGAACCAGAGCCCUCCUGCUCCUCCACGUGGUUUGGCUGCUGGAGCGACCCGGCAUGGCUGAAGCUCAGCAGGUCCGAGUGCAGGAGGCCAUCGACGGCAUGGUGCAAGGGCUAGAGCGGGAGACCAUCCGGAAAAUGCAGGGGCUCAUGUUCCGGUGCAGCGCAGCCUGCUGCGAGAAUAGCAAGGCCUCCAUGCAGCAGGUGCACCAGUGCAUUGAGCGCUGCCACACGCCCCUGGCACAAGCGCAGGCGGUGGUCACCCAGGAGCUGGAGAGGUUUCAGGACCGCCUCUCGCGCUGCACGAUGCACUGCAACGACAAAGCGAAGGACUCCCUGGACUCCGGGGUCAAAGAGCCGCAGGUGAAGCGGCAGCUGGAGGGCUGUGUGUCCAAGUGUGUGGACGACCACGUCGACCUCAUUCCCAGCAUGACCAAGAAGAUGAAGGAGAACUUGUCCGCCAUUGCUCAGUAGGACCGCAGCCUUGAGCCGGGAAAGGACAGGGGCCGCGAGGAAGAGCAACGGGGCUGCCAGGAACCCUGCUGGGAGGAACUGGGCAGGGAAAGUGGGCUGCAUCCCGGGGAGGACUGGCGGUGGUGUGGAUGUGCUGCAGGGUGUCCCAACAAGCUCUGGUCUGCUUAAGAGCUCGGGAGGAAAGUUGGCAUCGCUCUGGUUCAGAGUUUGGAGGCUUGGGGAGAAGGGCUGCGUGUUGCCGGGGGGAGGAGGGAGACCUUCUUUUCAGGCUCGGUGGUGUGACUGUGCAAACCUGUGCUGAAGACCGUUUCUGCUCCUCUCUUUGCUGUGGCUCUUCCCUUCCUUGCAGUAAGUGUGGCAGGGCCUUGGCAGGUGCUGCCUUGGUGGUGGCCUGGAAAUGCAUUGCUCCUUGUCUGCAGGAUGAAUCCCCUCACUGUGCACUGUGUUCCUAGGCUGCCUUACAAGUAUGCCUCUGUAGAAAAGGCACCACCGUAGCAGUGCUCCCUGGAACAGGAAUCCUGGGAUGUUGUUGACGACAACUCCCAUAAUCCCCUGCUGAAGGCCGUUGCAGUUGCGGAUGCUGGGAGUUGUCGUCCACAACAUCCGGGAAUCCCUGUUACAGGGAACACACUUCUAGGGAGGGGCUCGCAUCAUUUCGGCACCUCUUUGGAGAGAUGCCGAAACGAUCCGACCUCCUGCCGCUGAAAUGUUUUGGUGAGGGGUGAGGGAUACCUGUAAAAGGAGGCAGGCAGGUCCUACCUGCUGCUCUGGUGAGCCACCUCCACCCCCUGCUGUCUCUUCGGGGCGCUGUCCUUCUUGGAAUCUAACUUGCUGCUUGGUUUUGCUGCAAGAACCAGAAAUGUGGAUUUCAAAGGAUUUGCCCCAUUCCAGCCCCAGCCCUGAACCUCAGGAUGCAGCAACAGAGCCUGGAUUUCGCCAGCCGAACCUGUGACAUCCCCUAACACCUGACUGUCACCCCCAAACCAAAAACCUCUAAAUUAAAAUCUUUUCAAUCACAUUUGAAUUCUCUGCAUUGAUAUUGGAUCCAUUUUUCAAAUGGGAAUUCUUCAUAGGACAUGUAGCACACUCAAUCCUUCCUUUAGCAAUUGUGAGGAAUACUUCGAGAAUGGAAUGCAUAGUGGGUCAGCACCCUGGCAGCAGAAGAUGGCCUUGCAUGGCUUCUGUUGUUGGCUCAGCCUUCCAUGGGGGUUAAAUAAAUGGGCCAUAUGCCGUAGGAACAGACACUGUGCUUUAUUAAGAGAACAGGACUACUCUGUUAGGAAAAGACAUCAGACAGUUGUCUUUGGAGAGGAAAUAGCCACAGCUCCUUGGAAUCUGUGGAAUAACUCAAUGAUUUCCAGUAUAAUAAUUACUCAGAAUGUAUUGCGAAGCAAAGAGGAGAAAGGCCAGAUUUGGAGCACGGCUACAGUACAAACCCAACAUCAUUUUCUGACUUCAGUGAAGGCAGGGCGUCCCAACAUUGAGUCCCCAGAUGUGGCUAGACCACUUACUCCCACCAUCCCCAGCCACAAUGGAGAGCAACAUCUGGGGAGCCAGGUUUGCCUUAAGCUUAAGGAAUGCAGGGACCGAAACUGCAAUCCAAAGCACACUUACUCGGAAGAAAGUACUAUCUGACUGAAUGGAACUGACUUCUGAGUAGAUGUGCUUAGCGUAGUUGUGCCAGUUAGGAUUGUCACCAAGUGACUUUGUAGACAAUCUCUGCUGGAGAUCCCUGGAGCCAGUUUAGGGGUGCAAACCCUUUAGGACUGUUCCAAUAUCUGGCUUUGCGUGGAAGAUUAGUAAGGUCCACCCAGUGGAGAAACUCUGUCCAACCGUUCCUGUGGAUGUGUUUAUGCCAACAGAAAGGCCCUCCUAGGACUACCUCUUCAACAAUGCCAUGCUUUGAGUUCAUGAAGCCUCUAUUUCCCCUUCUCUUUAAACUGUGAACUAUUUUCUUAAAGUUUAAUUAAAAUAUUUUAAAUGGAAAA